AUGAAGUGGAGUCUGAUUAUAGCUGGUAUCAUCUAUGCAUUUACACCACUCUAUCAAUGGACUCUACCAUUUAUCGACAUUCUGUUAUUCGCAACCCUGAUAUCGGCUGUCGACCCUGUAGCCGUACUUUCCGUGUUCGAGGAAAUUCAUGUGAACCAGCUUCUAUAUAUCUGUGUCUUCGGGGAGUCGCUACUCAAUGAUGCCGUUACAAUCGUGCUGUAUCAUUCACUUUCGUCCAUGGCGAAAAUAGGAAGUGAAAAUCUUAUUCGAGAAGAUUUUUUUCACGCUCUCAUCAAUUUUGCUAUGGUAUCUACUGGUGGAAUAUUGAUUGGUCUCGUUUGGGGCGGGGCUACUUUGCUCCGCCCACCGUCGUUAUUGAUGUGCCCACUAGCUUUCAUCAAGCUGACAAUCACCCAGAGCAGUGGUCUCAAUGCUCAAAGUCUUCCAAGACCGGGAAUUGUCACAUGCGGUCUCAUGAUGAAACCAUACAUUUCCGGCAAUUUAAAUGAAAAAGCUCUGACAACAGUGAAAUAUUUCCUGAAAACGCUGUCGUCAUGGUAA